AUGCCAUUGUUCGACUCCUUGUUCGGGAAAGAGGCGCCCCCUCCACCCUCGAGCUCAGUCCCUCUCGUCGGGUCAGCGGUAGCAUCUGUGGGGACCGCGAUUGGAGCGGCCAAGCAACGCAUAAAGCUUCCCAGUCUAGGCAUCAAGCUGCCGAAUUUUGGAAAAGAGCUGUUUCGCAAUCUUCAGGCACCGCAUUUGUAUCUUCUUGUUGGCGCAGCGUCGCUCAGCGGUUUACUGCUGAUUCGAUCGGUGGUUGGCUCUGCUCGCUCUUUGGGCAAACUCAAGCCUAUUCCGUCGCCUCGUGAGACACUGCCUCCAGAGGUGCUGAGGGCGUCUCCGUAUCCUCCUGAUGCACUGGAAGGCGCAAGGGAUGUGCAGACGCCGUAUGGUAGCAUUAGAGUGUAUGAAUGGGGUCCUAAGGAUGGGAAGCGCGUGCUUGUCCUCCAUGGCAUCUCAACCCCAAGUGUUGCAUUGAGCGAUUUGGCACACAAGCUAGUCAAGAAAGGAUGCCGCGUUAUGAUAUUUGAUCUCUUCGGCCGCGGCUACUCCUCGGCUCCAUCACCCAAGCUGCACCACUACGACUCGACCCUCUACACGAAUCAAAUACUCUGGGCUCUGGCAUCCUCACCCGUCUCCUGGUCUUCCUUUGCCAUCAUCGGCUACUCGCUCGGUGGCGCCAUUGCCGCCGACUUCGCAUCCUACCUGCCCAACCUCGUCCGUGGCCUAGUUCUCGUCGCUCCAGGAGGAUUGAUCCGCCCCAAGCGUAUCAGCUGGAAGACCAGCUUCAUGUAUUCGACCAGCAGCAUCCUCCCAGAAUUCUUAGUCGAGUGGCUCGUAUCCAGCAGCCUGCGAAGCGGACCCGAAGCCAGUACCAUUGAGCCAGGAACGUCUGUUGCGCAAAAAGGCGCUCGCUUCAACGGUGUGAGUCUCUCUGAGAGCCACGGAACUGCUGCAGAGGUCCUCAAUUGGCAGGUUCAGCACCACAAGGGCUUUGUCCCUGCGUUCAUUUCUUCUAUUCGCUACGCACCGAUUCACGACCAGCAGGAGCGUUGGAGUGUGCUCAAAGAGAACAUGGAGAGCAGGCACAGCCAUUUCAAAGAAGUGUGGUUUGUUUUGGGCGAAAUGGAUCCCAUUGUGGAUGCUGAUGAACUCAUGGAGGACGCAAAGACCGUACUCGGUGACGAACAUGCCAAAUUCAGACUGGUCAAAAACGUUGGUCAUGAGGUCGCGAUGGAGCGCGCGGAUGACAUUGUCAGAGUGCUUGGCAGGAUUCUCGGCAAGGGUGGAUGGUAG